GCGAGCGGUCGAGACGCGCACCAGAUGAGUUGCACGAAAAAUGUUACUCACAGACUUUGGACUCGAAAACAUUUAUCUCUGAACAGGGGAAGUUAGUGCAGUUACAGGAGUCAAGGCGGAAGAAUGUAAACUUUUUAGAUAGCUAGCUAGCCACUCUUGUUUUUUAAGUUUUUUUUUCUUUCAAGCUAGCUAGCUAACGUUUGUGUAAGUCUUCAUUGCAGUAGCUAGGUAGCUAGCUAAACAGCUAGCUAGCCGGAUUGCUAAUUCCGUACAAAAUAAUGGCAUGGGGCAAAUGGGCUUCUUUUCCUUCCAAAAGUCAAUGAGAAAAAGAAAAAACGUAAUUCAAACUGCUUCAAUGUGCCGACUGGACACAGACACUACCGGGAAGGAAGUUGACCAACCCGGAGAUGUCCUCUCCUCUUCAAGGUACCUGCUGGGCCGCGGUGUGAAGCGCAAGCGCAGUGCGAGCGGGGAGCGCGCCCCGGGCCUGCCCUACCCGCAGCAGCGGCAGCUGAUCCUGGACCUGUGCCUGCACAAGCUGCAGCGCUGCUACGCGCAGGCCGAGCCCAGCCUGCGGCGCUCCGUGCUGCUGGCCAACACCCUGCGGCGGAUCCAGGACGAGAUGCGGCGGGAGGGCGUGGACCCGCCGGCCGCGCCCGCCCCGUCGCCGCCCCGCGCCCCCACGCCCCGGCACGAGCCGCCCCCGUCCCCGUGUCCUCCGCCGCCCGGCGAGGAGGCGCACGGGCCCGGCUCGCCCCCGCCCCCUCCUCCCCCUCCCCCGGCGGACUCGCUCUUCGGCUCCUUCGAGAUCGCCAACUCCACCAGCUACCUGACGGACCUCGCUCUGGACGACAUCUUCGAGGACAUCGACACCUCCAUGUACGACUCGUCCGACUUCUCCGCCCUGACGCCGUCGGCGGUGGACGAGGGCCUGAAGCCGGCCCCCGCCUGCGCCCCGGCCGGCCCCCUGCAGUUCUGCCUCUCCGACCUCAACGAGCUUGACCACAUCAUGGAGGUUCUGGUGCGGUCCUGAGAGCUCCACCGCAUCAUGGAGGUCCUGGUGCGGUCCUGAGAGCUCCACCGUAUCGUGGAGGUCCUGGUGCGGUCCUGAGAGCUCCACCGUAUCGUGGAGGUCCUGGUGCAGUUCUGAGUGAACCGGACCGCAUAAUGGAGGUCCUGGUGCAGUCCUGAGAGCCUGACUGCAUAAUGGAGGUCCUGGUGCAGUCCUGAGAGCCUGACUGCAUCAUGGAGGUCCUGGUGCGGUCCUGAGAGCUCCACCGUAUCGUGGAGGUCCUGGUGCGGUCCUGAGACCUCGACCGCAACGUGGAGGUCCUGGUGCGGUCCUGAGACCCCGACCGCAUCAUGGAGGUCCCGGUGCAUUCCUGAGAGCUCCACCACAA